AUGAAACGACUUUUUGUGGUGCUCUGUUUGAUCUUGCUGCUGCCACUUUUUCUGGCCGUAAAUCCACCAGCAAAUGUUCCUGCUGCAAGUCGGGGCAAUGAGCCAAAGACGGUGCCUCCAAAUGCUGCAAGGGUGGGAUCUCGGACCCUGGAAAGUCUCAAGGGGUUGGGAUAGGCAAAGCAUGGAUUAUUUUAGAAGUUGAUUUUUGAUAAAUUUUAAAAUGUAUAAUAAAAGAUUUAUAGUUUAAUCCUCUAA